AUGCCAGAUAUCGUCGGCGAACCCGACCGAAUUGACUCACUGCGCUCUGCAUUUAGCGGCCGACAAUGGUCGCGAUUCACCGGAUGCAGAGCCCCUCACGACGGCGUCAGAGCGUCCCUCACGGCGGCGUCUCGGUCGCGGUCGACCACGGCAAAUACCCAUUCAGCUCCACCAUAUCUUCCGCCAUCUUCCUCCAGCUCCGCCAUUCCCGCCGCCAUCUUCGCCCUUACCAUUCCAGACAAUGGCCGCCGAUAUGGACGUUGGGAAAUCGUAGGUAAAAGCACUGUUUCGCGUAUCCAACGCUCUCAGUCUCCGUCUCCGACGCCGUCGCCGUACUCCACUCCGGCGACGAUACCUCAAACACUGUACAUGCUGGCCGCCGCUGUCGUCGUUGCACCAGAAGACCGCCACAGUUCAACUAGACACCACCGCAUCUAG